UAAUACGCAAUUGUGCAAUUAUAUGUGAGCUUUGUAAAAAGUCGACUUAAUAACAAUGCUAGAGUAAGACUGAUUUAGUUUUAAAUUUAUUUGAAAGUGAAAGGUAAAGCUAUUAAUGUAUUUAAAUCUCGCUUGUACCUUAUUUGCAACCACAUGACUAUACAUUUAUAAGUUUACUGCAGAGAUUUGCUGAUAGUAUUUUCAAGGAAAUGGAUAUGAUGAAGACAAAGCUGUUAGAAUAUCUGCCAAAACCAACACUUUACCCUUUUUAUGGGACACUUCUGUUAUACUUCAUCUUAUACCAGCCCUUUAUAGGAUAUCCGCCUAUAACAUUCUUAGCGGCAUUCUUUAAAAUCCUUCCAAUAUGGUCGUUGGCAUAUUUUGUGCGGUCCACCGUUAAAGGAAACUUGAAUAAACUGAUGGACAAUGACUAUAAGAAAUUCAUUUUCAUUGGAUUGCUGACAUCCAGUCUGGGAGAUGCAUUACUAGUGGCUCGUACCACUCUCUUCAUUCCUGGUAUGCUGGCCUUUGGUGUUGCGCAUUUGUUCUAUAUCUUGGCUUUCGAACCAUCCAGUGGCAAAAGCAGAUUACAGAAUUUGUACAUUCUAGGAUAUAUAGCUCUUGCAGUGACAUUGCAAGCAGACAUUGAUAGUUUUAUAAUGUUUUGUCUUGUUAUGAUAUAUAUGACAUUGAUUCUUAUAAUGUCUUGGAGAGCGACAAAUGCCUAUGAAAGAACAAAAACAUUUCCAGCACUUGCUGGAUGCGUCGGUAGCAUGUUGUUUAUUUUCUCAGAUUUCCUGAUAGCAGUUGACAAAUGGAAAUUGUCCGUACCAUUUACCCAGUUUUUUGUGAUGAUAACUUAUUAUUCUGCCCAAUUCUUUCUUGCUUUGAGUACAGAUAGUUAGUUAAAAAAUAUAAAAGCUUAAACUACAGACAAUCAAAAACAAAUUUCAAAAUGAUACUAAGACUUUAAUUGUAGCUUUUUGGAACUUCAUAUGUAGCUUUAUAACAAUAAAUUAAUGUGAAAUA